AAGUCGAAAAGAUACGGAAAGUGUGUGUGUGUGCAAAACCAGCCCGAAAAUGUGCAGCGCAAAGGAUACUUCGGCCAUAACGUUUCGUGUUCGGUAUUACUGUGGUUUUCCACAGCUAAAUGAUCGCUCAAUGUUCGGUGCUGUGGAAAAUCUGUUCCAUUCGCGUGCCAAACAGUGAUUGACCAAAACACUCGCGCACACACACCGUGGGUGGAAAAAAUGCGAUCGAUUGCGUGUGGUGGUGACCUUUACGGUGGCGGUGUAGUGCGUACGGGAUAAACUGUUUCGCUUCUUGUUCACACGCCCGGUGUGCAAACUAUCACACACAGCAGGCCACGCCGUCGUCGAAGAAAAAGGAUGAACGAGAAAAAUCGAAACGUACGAAACGAUUUCAGUGUGUGCGACAGGCCAGUGCAAGGGUACGAACCCCUGCCGGGUAUCCGGCAUAGCCGACGCGGUACACCAUCGAGAGCAGUUUGAGUUCAUACCCAACGAGUUCCCGUUCCGCUCCGUGGCGUGUAGAAAACACUUGACUUGUACCCACCGCUGGAGUUAUCCCCGUGUGUUUGUUUGUGUGUGUGUAUGUGGGAGGAUUAACCGCUCCGAAACAGCUGCAGGCGGCCUUCAGCCCUUGUUGGACGAUUGGCCCGGGGCGGGUGAGUGGGGAAGGAAAAAGGUCACACGCUGCGGCGCCGCACUUGGAACGAUGAUGGAAGCGUCGGAAAAUGGGAGCAGCACCGGUGGUGGUGGUGGUAGCGGUGGCGGAAGUAAUGGAGGCGGACACACCUCAUCCUACGAACCGCUGGAAGGGCGCCGUACCUUCGACACAUCCGACAGUCCCGACCUGGACGGUGGCGGUCCACCGAAGGAUCGGCGGCGACUUGUCUUUUUUGCCCUCAUGACGGCCGGUGUCGGUUUCGUGCUUCCUUAUAACAGCUUUAUAAUCGCCGCCGACUACUGGCAGUCACGGUUUCCCGGCCAAUCGGUUGCACUGGACAUGUCGAUGACUUACAUCAUUGUUGCGCUAGCGACAGUGCUGCUGAACAACGUGUUUCUCACACUGGCACCCUUCCGGGUACGGGUGGCAUUCGGUUACGCCGUUUCCUUCACAACGCUCGUGUUUGUCGCACUGUGCGAAGUGGCGUGGCACAUGUUCACCGCCAAAACGGCCUAUUCAGUCAAUCUGGCUGCCGUUUCGCUUGUUGCUAUGGGAUGCACUAUCCAGCAGUCCAGCUUCUAUGGGUUUGCGAGCAUGCUGCCGAAACAGUAUACCCAAGCGGUGAUGGCGGGCGAAAGCUUGGCUGGGUUUCUGGUAUCUUCCAACCGGGUUGUUACGAAGCUGCUGAUCAAGAGUGACCGUGCCUCGACCGCGAUCUUUUUUCUAACCUCGACCGUGUACAUUGCGUUCAGCUAUGUGCUGCACUCGAUCACGACACACUCACCGUUCGUCCGAUACUACAUGAAGGCCUGUGCCAAAAUCGUCCUACGUCCGGACGAUGAUCACACACUGAGUGAAACGCUUGAUGGAGACAUAUCGAGCACGCGGUACGGUGUGCUCACACUAGACUCAAGCCCACCCGUACAUAUGCCACCAGGAUCCACAGCGUUAAGCUUUAGCAAUCCGGUGUACGACCUGUCGAAUCCGACCGCCGGUGAGACGGUGCUUGAAACGAACAUGACCAACCUGUCGUCAACCGGCGAUGUGACGACGCGCUCCAUCACGGCAACAACCGCACCGAGCAUGGACGUACCGAACGUCGCGUUCAAGGUGGAACACGUGAUGACACCGGACAUCUGCAGCUCCGGGCGGUUGGGCAGCUUUCGGAGCGGGCUCGAAUCACGCUGGAAAGUGGCGCGGGCCAUCUACCCGUACAUGGCCUGCAUUGCGAUGGCGUACUGUGUAACGCUGUCCCUCUAUCCCGGCAUUGAAUCGGAGAUAAUUUCGUGCAACCUCGGCACCUGGAUGCCGGUGCUGCUGAUGUUUACGUUUAACGCUUCCGAUGUGGCUGGGAAGCUGCUUGCCGCCGUACCGUACAGUUGGUCCCGCCGGCAGCUGAUACUCAUGUCCGGUUUGCGGGCACUGCUCGUGCCGCUGAUUCUGCUCUGCUGUUCACCGCGUGAGCAACCGGUCAUUGCGGGCGAGGCGGCUGCAUUUAUAUUUACCGCGGCGCUGGGCAUCACCAACGGGCUGGCGGGCAGUUUGCCCAUGAUGCUCGCCCCGGACAAGGUGUCCGCGACGUUGCGCGAGGUGACCGGCAACAUGAUGACGCUGUCGUACAAUAUCGGUUUAACGGCCGGUUCGCUGGUGGGGUACGUGUUCGAUGCCAUGCUUGGACCGCAGCUUCCUAACCCCUGUCCGCAGUACCCGUUCGUACCGCCGAAACCUAAUCAACCACCGGGCGGGAUCGGUAUUAACGGAAGCCAUCCGCUGGCCGGUAGUGGCGGGAUUAGCAGCACCGCCACUAGCACCACCGUAGCAACGCUACUUACCACGCUGACGGUGGCCGUACUGCGCAGUACGGCUAGCAGUCCGCUGGAGACGAGCACCAUAUCAUCGAUGCCCACGACCGUUGCCGCCACGACCACCAGCUUAACGACGCUCCGGAGCGGCGUGGACGUGGUCGGUACGACAGCAUCAUCCCUGUCCGCUACGUCCACAGCAUCGCCACCAUUCGAUAGUGCGCAGCUUGCAACGGUCGCCGCAACCUUCCUCUACAACGCAACCAGCGCUCUGCUUGAUCCCAGCUCAGCCCUAGACUAGAGCAAAAUCUGAA